CUGAAACGAAGAACGCGUCUCGCUUUCCCCCUCUAGCUCCACGGCCGCUCCACCUCCGGUCGCCUCACCUCCGACGACUCGCCGUCGCGGUUCCUCCUCAUCGGCCGGUGACUCGGUCCGCUUCUCCGGUUGCGAUUCCGGUGCCUUCCAGUGGUGCUCUGUUCCGAUCUGAAGCUACUCCUCUUGUUAACCACGCUGCUAAAGACGAGGCAUUAUGAGUAAAGAAGCAACGCAGAAAUCUGGAGUUCCUCAAAUCAUCAAAUCUGACGUGGCUUUGAAACUGGCUGAACGAUGGGUCAAUAAUAUGACUAAAGUUGCUGAGGACGAGCAAACAGAGGCAAAAUCUGAGGGUCGACCGUCUAGACUUGGUCUUGGUGCAAAGUUUUCACAUCAAAUGAGACCUGGACUUUCAAAUGACCCUGUUGGAAGGAAAUUGUAUGCCAACUUGCAGUCUGGAAAGAGAAAAGCUGCAAAAGAUGCUGAGGAGUCCGGCCUAACUGCAAGAGAUCCGGGUGGUGAUAGUGAUAUCGAUGAUGAGUUAGAAAGCAGAGCGAGUGCUUUUGCAAAGAAGAGACCAAUUACUCCACCUGUCUCUUUAACAAUGAAGAAGAAACGGAGAUAACCACUUGAAAGGAUUACUUUUUUGGUCGUCAAAAGGAAAAUCUAGACCGUUGAACAGGGUUAGUUCUUCCAGAAGAUUAUUCCCCUUGUUUGCUGAGAUGGAAAUGCAAUAGAACUUCUUCAAUUUCCUACUUCAUAAGAGAGGUCCACUUAUUUAAUGAGUUUUCAAUGUGCUAGCCAAGUGAGGCUUGAUGUGAUCUCUUUUGUUACUAGUUUUGAUUUUCUUAUUGUGUAUCUUGUGUCAUAUUUAAUAAAUUGUUACUUUUUUUCUAAUAAAAAA